CCGAAUUCGGUUCCUUCGGGAACAACUGUCAGGUCACCUCCGGACGGCUCUGUGCCCGCGGGGCCUUUAUGGGAGCUCCCACAGCACAGCUCUGGGCUCCACCACCCCACGCUUCCCCACGAUGGCAGCAGGAGAACAACGCCCAAAUUGCCUCUCACAGCUCGAAGCGCAGCCGUCCUGCCCAGGAGAUGAAAAGCAACGGGGACUUCGUGCAUCGGUACCAGGGCCGGAAACACCACUGGAUUGGGCUGCACAGGGCAGGAGGGGACGAGCGCUGGAUGUGGGCUGAUGGCAGAACCUUCACCAACCGGUCCAUAGCAGGCACAGGCCCAUGCGGGUACCUGAGCAGCACGGGGUUCAGCUCAACGUUCUGCCACGAUGUGAAGUUGUUCGUGUGCAUCAGAGCCGACAGCUUCGUGCUAUGGAGGAAUGGGAUGCAGCCACGCUGAUGGAUCCCAUCAACAUGACUGUGCUGCUGGGUGCCUCUGAGCCGUCACUGCUACCUCCAGCAGCCUCUGCUGCGCUUCAUCCUGCACAGCAGCACCCAGCCGUGUCAGGAAGCGUGUGGAACUGCUGUGCCUGAGGAGAUGUGGGUCACUGCUGUGCCUGAGGAGAUGCACAACUCUGCCGUGCCUUAAAGGGAGGGAACCAUUGGGGUCCUUCCAUCUCAGAGCUCACAGAAGGAGCCCCUGGUGCUGCCCCCCCCCCCCCAGUCAGGACAUUUCUGCUCUCCUUUCAGGCCCUGCAGCACAACGGUUCCAUCGCUCCCUGCUUUCAGGGCCCGCUCUGUCAGCUGCUGUAAGCUGCAGCCCUGUGUAACCAGCAUUAACUGCAUUCCAGUAAACCCGACCCGUUUGCCGGAUCCCCUGCAGUCGCUGCUGUCCUGUCCCUACGAUGGUGGCGCUGCCUCCUCCCAUCGCGUCCCUGUGGGGCGGCUGCCGUGGUUUUGUCCCUGCUGCUAUCAGCCUUUCUCCGCCUCGUGCCGUCGUGCAAAGCGCGAGCGGUUAAAGCUUCCUUCUGCACCCAGCGAGGGGAUGCAGCCCGGCCUUCUGCUCACACGCAGCUGGAGAAGGGAGGCUGCUUCCCAGCUGCUCCUUCCAACUCUGCUCUGUUCUCAGAAACUUCUCUCCCUCUCUCUCUCUCUCUCUUGGAUUUGAUCUCGGUUUCGGUUGGAUCGCGUUAAAUGCUGUUAUCCUGCAUUCCAAUAUCACGGAUCACUGAAAUAACUUUUCCUCGUUCAAUCGA